AUCGAAGUGGUCGGUUUGGGUGCGUGCACCGCUGUCGAUUGUCUUCUGUUUCCGGUCGCCGGAUUCGCGCGGAUACCUCGAUCUUUGCGAGCUUUGUUGAUGUUUUUUAACGGUCAAAAACGUCUUUUUAACGCAAAAGGAAUCUAUCGCAAUUAGUGUAUGGAAUAAACCAUUAUAAUCGUGCGGAAAUGGAACCAAAAUUGAUUUUCGCCACAUUAUCUACCAUAAUCCUGUCUAUUUUGGAUCUGAUCGAUGGUCAUGGGCGCCUCAUUGAACCCCCUUCAAGAGCAUCGGCUUGGAGGUACGGAUUUGAUACUCCUCACAACUACAACGACCACGAACUCUACUGUGGAGGAUUUACGAGACAAUGGGUGAAGAAUGAAGGCAAGUGUGGCGUUUGUGGUGACGCUUGGGAUUCUAAAAAACCUAGAGCUCAUGAGUUCGGUGGUGUUUAUGGACAAGGAGUUAUUGUCCGAAAAUACGGAGUUGGAUCAGUUAUGAAUAUAAGGGUUGAACUCACUGCCAAUCAUUUUGGAUAUUUUGAAUUUGCUUUAUGCCCAGACUACAAAGCGGCAACUCAAGAUUGUCUAGACCAAAACAUAUUAAAACUAGUGAAGCCUCAAGACGGUGUUGAGCAUCGUGGUUAUAGGUUCUUCCCCAAAGAAGGUAACAAAGUUUACGAAAUUAAAUACAGACUUCCGAAGAGGACAUGCAAGCACUGCUUGUUGCAGUGGAGAUAUAUUGCAGGUAACAAUUGGGGUAACUGCCCCAACGGUACCGGCGCAGUAGGCUGCGGCCCCCAGGAAGAAUUCCGCGCCUGUGCUGACAUCACCAUCUCUGGCAAGGCCACCGAUGAAGCCAUGGUACCACCCACACAACCUAUCGAACCCACAGAAGAGGACGAAGACUACAACGAACUGGUACCUCUGUCCAGCAGUCCAUCACCUGGAGAUGUACCACUUCCAGAACAGAGCUACAGCCCUAUUUCGGCCAUCAUCGUUAGCGUGGUGUCUUUUUUAGUAGCAUUUUUAGUUUUAUUCCUUCUCUACUUUCAUUUCUACCAGGUUGGUAGGAAGAUUAGGGACUGGCUUAAAACUAGAAGGGAAAAGGGCGAAACGAAGGUUAGUAACAUGCAGAAAUUCCCGCCUAUGGUGCCGCCUAGGAGUAAAAAGGGACCAGCUCCACAACCGACGCAGAGCAUGAUUUAUUCCACGCAGCAUAUGGUAUGAAAUUGGUUGUAUUCGGUGAUACAGAAAUGAAGAUAUAACUUGUCAAAUAUAGAAUGAUAUCUGGCGAUUUUCGAAUGGGCACAUGGGCAGAGUGAUUCACAUUCAUGUGGUCGUUAUGGUUUUCUCUUUCCUUUCUAUGUUUUGCAUGAAAAUUGUAUUAUUACGGAACACGGUUCCUGAGAAAUAACUAUCAUUAACGUGAUAACAACAUACAUUGCGAUGAUACGAUAUUAAUUUUAUUGGUUGAAUUUAAAGACUUCUAUUGGUUAGAAAAUUACGCAGUUUUUAAAUUUAUUGCAUUUUUAUGCCUCCGAUCAUCGGAUACACAAUUUGCUUGUGAUUUGUGUCAUUUUAUAUUUUUAUUUCCAUAACUAUAUCGCCGUUUUACAGUCUAAGAGCUUUUUCCCGCUAGCAACGUUUUCGAAAGAGAGUUUUAAGAAAGCUGGUUCUAAUAUAUCUUUUGCUAUGCUCUCCUGAACAGAGUGCGGACCAUCUGGCUGCCGGUAGACGUUAGCGUUCACUACUGCGCAUCAUAUCUGUAUUCAACAUCUGUUCACUGCUGUUCAGCACGAAUUCGCUCUAUAUUUCAGGAACUAAGGAGGCUAGGACAAACCUAUGUGUAGUUAGUUUCAUAAUAAAGUAGCAAAGUAAUGUGA